AGUAUUUCUAGCCCUAGUUUCUGCCAGGCCAAACCCACAAACGGCGGGACCGGUGUCUAAUCUGGUGUCUAGUUCAUUGCGCGGCCUCACGGCGAGAGACACACAGGUUUACUGGGAAUAGCGGCUGAAGCACCUCUCUCUCAGAAAUCAGUCUGUUGGACGGAUAUAGGACCUACACACACACACACACACACACACACAUACACCACACACAUAUCAUCAACACGCGUGUGAGGUUUGUACUACUAUCAUCAUCGUUGUGUAGUAAAGUUGUUUGAUAAGCUUCCAGCUGUAUUGUUCGCCGGCUAUGUGAGUCAACAAGUGUUUUUCAGUGUUCCGCGUUCUUUCACAAAGUUUUUCAGAUGUUGAGCUAGAAAAUCUAGAUCUAGAUCUAGUGGUUCUCAUUGUUUAGCUAGCUACUGUAGUGGAUUCCGAUGUUUAGCAAGUAACCUGGCAGCUCUGUCGUGUUUUGAUUCAUCGUAAGUGAAGGUGUCGUGUGUUUUUCUUUUCUUCCUACAGCCGCGAUGGGUUGUGUGUUUACCUCCCCCGUCACAGACUACAUGAUCUACGUGCAGACGGGAGAUCGUAGAAAUGCCGGUACAGACGCGAACGUCAAAAUCAUCAUGCAUGAUGAAGACGGCGACGCAUCCGAACCGAUCACGUUGGAUAACUACUUCAGAAACGAUUUCGAGCGAGGCUGUUUGGACACUUUCCACGUUCCUGCCAGCAAGAUAAAGGGUCUCCAGAGAAUGAGCAGAAUUGUGAGGAUAGAACUGUGGAGAGACAAAGCCUGGGUGGCCAGUGAUUGGUACGUAGAUAAGAUCGUGGUGGAGAACCGUGUGACGAACGCCACCUUCGUGUUCCCGAUAUUCCGCUGGAUCAAGUCGGACUACCACUACCAGAUCAAACACUUGGAUACGUCCCUUCCACAGUAUGAGGACUACCCACAGCAGCGCAAGAUGGAGUUGGAAGACAAGAGAAAAACUUACCAGUUGACCCAGAAAGUUCCCAACGGCCCUGCACAGUGGGAUAUAUUGUCGAUGAAGGCCAAGCUGAUCGCGACCAGUGUUCUGGUCAAGCUGAUGGCGUCCGGAGACUGGGACAGCGUGGACACACUGACCAACGUCUACACCGAGUCCACAUUCCACAAACCACGAAUUUCCUGUGACGGACGACUUACUGAAGCCGUUGCUGGAAGGACUGACCAUCAAGGAUGCCAUUGACCAGAAAAGACUGUUCAUGUGUGACCUCAAGGUCAUGGAGGGCUUGCCUGUCCGUGACGGCUUCACUCUAUGUGUUCCAAUGAGUCUGUUCUUCGUGGACAAAAAAGACCAACUCCGACCCAUCGCCAUCCAGCUGUACCAGGAACCUGGAGAGGACAAUCCUAUUUUCACUCCCACAGAUCCGUCGUUGACGUGGGCUCUGGUCAAGAUGUGGUACAACAACGCUGAUGCUUCGUACCAUCAAGCUGUCACACAUUUGGGCAUGACCCAUUUAUUGAUGGAGGGCGUCACAGUCGCCACACAUCGCAACCUCUCGCAGUCACAUCCUAUCUUCAAAGUGUUGGCCCCUCAUUUCCUUUACCUCAUUGCCAUCAACUCUCGUGGCCUGGAAGUGUUGGUCUCUGACGGUGGCUGGGUAGACAAAACCAUGAACUACGGCAACGCUGGCCUCUUUGAGCUCAUCCGCAGAGCGUUUGGUUCAUGGCGGAUGGAAGUGGAGGGCACUUUGCCGGAGGAUCUCAAGAGAAGAGGGUUGGACGAUCUGAACGUUUUGCCAUGCUAUCAUUUCCGAAAUGACGCCAUUCUUCUUUACGACGCAAUAAAGAAGUAUGCGAAGGCCUAUGUAGAUCUCUACUAUCCCACCGAGGAAAAUCUAAUUGAGGACGAGGAGAUCCAGAGCUGGGUUCAGGAACUCGUGAAAGAACGAAGUAUGAACGAUGGAGGUGUCGGUAUCCUGGGUGUGCCGGGAAAUGGCAAACUGAUGAACAAUGAGCAACUGGUUCAGAUCAUAACCAGCAUCAUCUACACGUGCAGCAUCUCCCACGCCUCCACCAACUUCCCACAGUAUGAGGAGUACGCUUUCCCUCCCAACUACCCCGGCCUCAUGAGAGGGUCUCCCCCAAAAAGCAAGACUGUAGAAAUCACCCAGCGAGACAUCUUGGAUUGCCUGCCUGACCGACCGACCACACUGGACAUCAUGAUUGUCACCAAGAUCCUCAGUGCCAAAGGAACAAAGAGCAUCGGAGACUUUGAAGUACAGUACAUCUUCGACCCUCAAGCUAGAGACAUCGUUGACACGUUCCGCAAGGAUCUGAAGGAGAUCAGUCGGAAGAUCAAGGAGAGAAACCUGCACAGAAAUCCGCCCUACGAAUAUUUGGACCCCGACAUCAUCCCCAACAGCAUCAGCAUCUGAGAACUUCACCAACAUUCUAGAGGAUAUCAUCAACAUUUUCAUAUACUUUUGUUAAUUUGUGUUUUUGAUCGAAAGAAAACUGUGAUUUAGUUGUUCUCCAGAGAAUUCUGAAGAAAACUUGUCUUGAUGUGCAGCUUUGACAGACGCCAUUGUCUUCUACAGAAAAAGCUGGAGUUGUAUUCUAAAAGACAGUUUUUCAGAACAAAAUUGAGUCGAUGUGCUGUAAAACACCUACUCAAACAGUUUUUCCAGUUUUGGACGAAAUUGAGGAAUCAAAUCCAACUGAUAGUUUAAAACCCAGCACACAUUUCUGCUUUAGUCUGGAAUCAAUAUCUUAAUGAAUAAGGCUGGGAAAGUGCUUUGAAGAUAUUGCAAUGCGAAGAUUUGGGUGUUUUGGCUCUCCUGAACAUUUCACGAAAUUGGAUAUAUAUACUGUCUUUUGAAAAUAAAACUCCAGAGAAACACUGUCCAGCACAGCUUUACCUGCAAACUGCUCACACCUACCUUGAGUCAUUUCCACAAUGUAACUGGGUAAAACUGUUGGAUAUGUUAUUGUUAUAUAUUUAUGUUUGUUGCAAUAUCAGAUUGUUCCCUCUUUUGUUCCAGUUUUACCUCUGUGUUCAUUCACUUGUACUGAGCUGUAUGUCUACCUUUUAAUUUCAACAGAAUGGGAGUUUAUGCUUCAGAGGAUCAAUAUUUCAGUGUAGAGUAGGAUUACUUUGGUUAUUUGUUCUCUACUAAUAAUUUACUGAAUCCCCCCCCCAAAAAAAAAAUAAAAAAUUAAAAAAAUCUAGAAAAUAAUUUUUAUGACUUUUCUUUUUCUUUUAUUACCCCCAGCCCACAAGACAGUGUUCUAUUUUGCAGACCUUACUAGAUCUAGUAAUAGUAGUAAGAGAUGUAUUAAUUUUGCCAGAAUGGAGUGUUCAUACAGAUUAGCUUGCUUUUUUUUUGCCAUGUCAAUUAUUUCCUCAUGUCUGCACACUUUCUCUUUGUCAGAAUCAGAAUGCUAUGUUUUUGUCCAUAUAUAUAGGUAAAUAUGUGUACAAAGUGGAAAUUGUUUCGUCAUCACAUUUGUUUGUACAUGACCCUUCGAGUUCAUGCUCUUGUCCAUUAUGUUUUUGGUUAGUUUGUCCUUGCUUGAUUGAUUUGAACAGAAGUUUCCUAGAUCGCAUUUGAUCAGAAUUCAUGACACUUUCACAGUUUCAUGAUUAGUAUGUAAGUUCCAGUCCCUAAAUCAUCGUUGGUUAGUGUAUUUACUAUCUUCAAAUUGGAGAAAAAAAAAUUAUUCAGUGGAACAAAAAUUUCUGUGAUACUUAAUGAAAUUUGGAGGGGAAAAGAAUAAUACAGGGUGAGAUUUACCUAUAACUUAUUCCCCACCGCACGCCGUGAUUUAUGACGAAAUGGGUCACGACGAGGUGGAAGCAGACGCUCGUAAAUUUUUGGGCAUAUUGAGUUUGUGCGAAAACAUAUCCAUGUAUCUUGAAAAGAAAUGGAGAUAUUUGCGAUUGGCUGUGAAGGUCGUCUGGUGGGAGAGGUCAUAAAAAGUGUAGAGCAAAAAGAAGAAUUUUUUUUUUUAAUUGCCCAAAACUCAGAAAAAUUUUGUUGUUUUCAUUUAAUUGUUUUGAGGAGUGCCCGAUUUCACCUAGCUGCCUCACAAAUGUUUAAUAAAUUCUUAAUCCUUCCACUCCAGAGUGUGCUGACUCGGACAAACCAUAAUUUUAUGCUCAAAUCACAUUUUGUCUUGAACUGUCGGAUAAGAAAUUCAUUUCCCUGAAUUUUUAUGUAUACGACAUAUUUGAGUAAAUUAUUUUUUAAAAAUCAGGAGAAAUUCUGUUUUGUUUCUGAAUUCAAUCAGAAAAGGAAAAAAAGGUUUGGUGACAAUAAUAAAAAUGGUCUAGUUGAGAAAGAGUGAAGUGUAGUUUUUUUGUUCAGUUUAUGCUUCAUUGGAUCAUUGGAUCAUAAUGUCAAAAUGUAAUGUAUCACAGUCAUGGGAACCUUUAUGAUAAUGACAUAAUCAUGAAUGUAUCCUACUCCACUCAGUACCGAGGUCUGAGAGUUCUGUGAGCUUACGUUGUUCACUUGACCAUUCUCUUCCUUUUUGCCUUAUGGAAAACGCUUCAGAGCAGCUUGUUUCAUCGUAAUGAGCACUUCUGCUCGAAUCAAUUCUUGGCAUUGUGCUGGGGAUAUGGACAUAGCCUUAGGCCUACCAGUCACCUGUGUAUAGGAUGUUACCUUCAUUUCCUCAUUAUAACUUGUUGAUGACUUUAUUUCAAAGUGAAUCAUCAAAGAAUCAGUGACCAAGACAAAUUUGUGUAGUACGGUACCCAUGUAUGUGGGACUGACUUUCUCAAUUUUCCUGGUUCAAUCUCCCUCUUUCUUAUGUCCAGACAGCUGCAGUUGGGAGUUCUGUAAGAUAAUGCACGAUACAUGUAUUUGUACUUAUUUUGCAGCCAAAAUUGGUCCAAAAAUCAUUCUUCGAAACAUUCAUGUAUGUAUAAGAAAUCCUUAUGUGAAAUGCUCACAACGUGGUAAAAGUUUUGUUUUUUUUCUUCCCAAUUUCUUUCUGUCCAUAUCAAAAAGUAUAACACUCACAAGUGACAUGUACAUAAUUUAUCUCAAUAGAUCCUAUGUUUUGCUCAUUCAGUAUUAUUUACUGUAAACAAAAGCUCUGCUGAAGAAAGAAAUCAUGUUCUACUUUAAAAACAAAAAGAACUCAGAAAUCUUCUGCACACAUUGCAAAAAUGCUUGUGACCCACAUUGAUCCAAUGUCUGACUGACAUGUGGCUGUGGCAGAUCAAACAUACUUACAUCUGAGAUAUUUGGUAGAGAGGUCACACUUUACAUCAUUCGCUGUGUAAAGUGAACUUAACAUUAACAAAACAAAUAUAUGCUUUGCUUAUAUUUUCUUUGGCUUUUUUCCUAAAUAAUUCCCAUCUGGUGCUAGUGGUAUCUGUGUCCAGAAUCACAGGAAAGAAAGCUUAUGGUUAAAUAAGUGUAUUAAUUUUUUAUUUUCUUAUACUAAUACAUGUUUUUUAUCAUUGUUCGUCUUUUGUCGCCGCACAUGUCUUUGAGCAGCCUCUGAGCACUUUUGAAUAUAUAAUAUCUCCUAGUGCGAGAUAGUUACCUUGUAAACAAGUUGGUAUUUCAUGUAUUUGUCCCAUAAGUUGAACAAAUGUCAGUGCCAUUUUGAGGCAUAUCAGAAUGAAGUGGGGGGUUUUCUUUUCUUUAUCCAUUCACAAGAGUAGUCAAGUCAUUAUGUCCCAUCUUUCCGUUAACUAGACCUCACCGUACCAAAUGUAUGCUAUGUCAAGGCAAUGUGCUUUAUCAAAACCGUAUCAUCAUUUGAAAACAUUUUGGCUCUGUUAGUCUUAUCAUUCCAUAUUAUUAUAUUAUUAUUUUGAAACAUCUGUCUUUGUGUGAGGAAUGUCUUUUCUGUCUGAUUGAUUGCUUAUUUCCUCAUUCAUGAGAUGUUGGUGUGUGGUUCAAGAGCACCGUUGAUAGAUUCUACUUUUCUCUCUCUCCUGUUUCCAUCUGCCAUUCUUGCUCUUUCCCAGCACAAAUUGAUCUUGUUUUGCUUCUCUUCACAUAAAUGGCCAAUGGGUCUGUCCUUGGUUCCUCUACAGCUGCAGAAGAUAUCAAUAUUUUUUGUUUUUGAUUACUGUUGUUGCGAAUAGCAUCAGUUUUCAUUUGUCUCAAAGCAAAGAUGUUGAUGUUGUCCCCUUUGAAGUCAAGGAAUUGAUGGCCCAUUUUCAGUUGUCUGUAAAGUUAUUUUCUCACAUUUGAGCAAUUGAACACAACUACAACUAUAAGCAUCACCCAAAUACGUACUCGUUUUGCACAUCCUCUGUUCUUGUUCUUCCUUUUGAAUAAUAUUCUAUAUAUGGAACUCAAAGAUUUUAUCUAAAAUCAACUCAUAAUUUUAUAGAAUUACGAAUUUUUUAAGUAUGUAUUUGUACGACUUGGAUGUGUUUGUUGUACAAAAGUUCAAUAUGGCUUUUCUUUCAAAUUUAAUUAUCUGCAGGUGUUUAUGACGGCAAUCAGGAUAUGUACAUGUAAAAGUAUUUGCUCCGACUUGAAUUUCAUUGUCAUUUGUGCACUCCCAGGCACUUUCAUUUCCCAAAUGAAAAAAAUAAAAUUUAUUCCAUAAAAUUA